AUGAUUAACCAAAAGACCGACAUUGGGAGUCCAGAGACUAAGGGCAGCCACCUCAACAAGACACUCGCUCCAGCUACGCAGGAGAUGGCUCUUGAGCCCAAACUUGGCAAUAAUUGCCCAGCACAAGAUAUUGAAGGCAUCGACCCUCAGAAGACUGGCGACGAGAAAGAAACCCCCGGAGCCCUACAACAGGUCAUGACUCGAAACGAACAAAUCUUGACACAUGUCCUCAUCUGGCUGCUUGUAUUUGCACUAGGGUUCUCAAACAGCAUUUUCAGAGUUCUUACCCCGUACGUCGUCAGCGAUUACAAAAGACACGCCCUCACCGCAACCACCGAUGUCGUCGCCAACAUCGCCAGUGGCAUCUUUAGGCUUCCUUAUGCUAAGCUACUCGACGUCUGGGGCCGGCCACAAAGUCUCACUCUCAUGGUCAUUUUUACUCUUCUUGGAGCCGUCAUGAAGGCUGGGUGUAAUAGUGUCGAAACGUAUUGUGCCGCGCAAGUAUUCUACUAUGUCGGCUACUACGGAAUCCAGUUCAGCCUUGUCAUUUUCAUUUCAGAUUCAGCACCAAUCCGCAACCGAGGCCUUCUAUUCGGCAUUGUCUGGUCUCCAUCACUCAUCUCGACAUGGGCCUAUGGUCCCACUGCUGACCGCAUCUUGACGAACCUCGGAUACCGAUGGGGCUUUGGAGUGUGGUGUAUCAUUAUUCCUGUUGUCUCUGCCCCUGUCAUCGCUUUGAUGUUUCGUUUUGAUACGAGAGCAAGGCAAGCCGGCUUGAUUGAGCGCCCCGAGCACGGCAACACAGUCAGUCAACGUAUCCUCUUCUACCUGAAGGAAUUUGACAUUGUUGGGCUCCUUAUUCUUGCGACUGGACUGAGUCUGCUUCUCCUGUCUCUGAGCAUCUACUCCUAUCAAGAUAAAGGCUGGGGCUCGCCCUUGAUUAUCUGCUUCCUGGUGUUUGGACCAGUUCUCAUCAUAUGCUUUAUUCUUUACGAGAUAUACCUUGCACCGGUAACAUUCCUUUCAUCACACUUGCUAAAGGAUCGAACUGUUGUAUGGACCAAUAUUAUGGCUGCGACGCUCUACACGUCUGAAUUCAUCUGCUCCGCCUACAUAUAUUCAAUGCUUAUUGUCGUCUUCAACCAAUCCAUUACAGCUGCCACCUACAUCAAUAGCAUUUACUAUAUUGGGUCGUCAUUCUGGACUAUCGUACUCGGAUUUGCCAUGCGUUACUAUGGGCGAAUGAAGGUCUAUACCAUUGUUCUUGGCAUUCCGUUUUUCAUUCUCGGCCAAGGAAUGAUGAUUGCUUUCAAGCCUGGGUUCACACCAAUUGGCUUGAUGGUGGUCUGCAAGAUCCUCAUCGCUUUUGGUGGAGGCACCAUGUAUCCCAUUGAGCAGAUGACGCUCAUGGCUGUCUCCCAAGAACACACGCCGGCGCUUCUUGCUCUUGAGUCCAUCAUCAUUGAUGUUGGGAAAGGCGCCGGGUCAGCCAUUGCCACUGCCAUCUGGACUGGCAUGUUCAAGAACAAGCUGGCCGAGUACUUGCCCGACAGUGAGCUUGUGAAUCUCGAUGAUAUUUAUGGUAGCUUGGAUGCGCAGUCAUCUUAUCCUGUUGGAAGUGCUGGGCGAGAUGCGAUAAAUCAUGCUUACCUUGAUACUCAACGUAUUAUCUUCAUAUCUUCCACUUCGCUGCUGGCACUUACCUGGGCCUCAGUUCUCUUUUGGAAGGACUAUGAUGUAAAGAAGAUGAGCAACCUCCGAAAAGGUAUGCCCGUCUAG